AUGACCGAAGACGAGGACUCGUCGCCUGAAUCCAACGGCGCCGACCAGCACGCCGUCGAGCGUCAAGACGAGCUGGGUUCGAUCAGCAGAUAUGCCGACGCCCCCAACCACCUCACCGGCUCGCUGAAUUCGCUCCCCUCUGGGACACACAUCAAUGGCGGUCCGCCUCCUAAGCGGCAGAGCGCAGGAGAGGCAGACGCGCCGCAUCUAACACGCCCCUCGGGCCCCGUGCGAAUGCCGUCCAAUACAUACAACCCUUCCACCUCACGGAAGCCCGGUGCCCCUCAGUCGCAGCCGUCCUUCUCAGAAUCAGCGCGAUCCUCGUCCAAGACGCGACCGCGACAGAGCGACAGCCGCUUUCGGGCGCAAGAGCGGGCAUAUGUCCAGACGCUGCGGCAAGGAGGCUACACGGGCGAAUAUUUUAGCCAGUUCCAGCCACCAACCGGAAAUGAAUCGGACUCGGAAGGCGAGACCCCGUCGUCUGAGGGCCCCUUCGAUGACCGCCUCGACCAAGAGACCAUCAUGUUCUACGGCAACGAUGACAUACAGCCGACGGAAGAAGACAUCGCAGUUCCCGAUAACAGGGAAAGGUUGGAGUGGCACGGCAUGCUGGAGGCAGUAUUGACGGGAGACGUCGUCCGGCAGGAGAAGAAGCGCCUGAUCAACUCUACAGACACCACCACCAGCAGGGCAACCUAUAGACAGGAGCUAUGGCUCGAACUCCGCGCUGAAUCGUGUGGAAGGCGUGUUCCGGUUCAGAAGCGUAUGGUGGAGGAUGGCCGGGCGAGCGUGGACCGUCUUUUGGACGAUGUCGUCAAUUUCAAAGUCAAGGGAACCAACGAGGCGGGGAAACCACCCUACGAGCAGGUCAAGGAUGUGGUCAAGAAGAUUGAAAAGUGCCAGAGCAUGUAUCCUUCCUGGACAGCCCUCGUGGCGGAGCACAAAUCUGCCGUCUCCCCCCAGUUUUUGGAAGCCUACGAAGCCAUCAUGUCUUGGUAUAACACAAAUGAGAUGAUCAACACAGAGCUCGCGAUUCUCAAAAAGUGGGUCGGAAACGAUGAGUUGAUCUUUACUCAGACCAAGCAGCGAUCUCCGGCCGUCGACGGCAUCGCCACAGACGAGACCUCGUUCCUCGAUAAGCUCAUGAAGGAAGACGGCCUCCAGUCGCUAUACAACGAGAACGCAAAGGUUAUACUCAGGGGCGACUUGGUCCAGUGGGGAAUGCUGGUGCCGAUAUCAAACGUUAUCCAAAAAGCAAAGGAAACACUGAUCCGUAACUCGAUCCCUUUCCAGAAACGACACCUGCCGCCUUACCUCGACGAGCUACUGACCCUCAUCAGCUUCCCUUCACGCCUGAUUGAGGAGAUUACAAGAACGCGGUUGGGGUACGCCAAGGAAUAUGCCAAGAAAGUAAAGGCCACAGCUCAGCAAAACCCGCUGUUGCAAGAUCAGAUGAUCUCCCAGUUUCAGCUGCUGCUGCAGUUUGCCAUGAGGAUCAAGACUGAAUAUCUCGAGAUCGAGAAACCGGAGCCCGGGUGGGACCUGCCUCCAUGCAUCGAUGAGACGUUCGAUGGGGUGGUGCUGGAGGCCCUCAAGUAUUAUUUCAAGCUGCUCAACUGGAAGCUCACCGGGAAUAAAAACACCUUUAAGGAAGCCGAGCUGUUGUUUCAGGAGUGGGACUUUGCCAACGAAAUCGGCGGGUCCCUUCAAGGCGGCAAUAUCGAGGUUGCCGAGCAGUUUAGUUCGCUGACACUCAAGGCCCUCAAACGCCUGAGCACCAUGUUCGAAAAGGAGCUCAAAGCCAAGCCCAACGAGAGCGGGCCAGAGAUGAGCAAACGGUACAAGGCUGCCUUGGAUUCGGUACGCGUCCGCCAGAGGAUGCUUCAGCGCUUUUCCAGGAUGCUGAGCGCAAACUACGAGCACGCGUGUGACUUUACCAUCAAUCUGGGAACGGAUGAAUUGCAGGUGCUUUACGACCACCUGGUGGCGUCGGGCCACUUCCAGGUGGACACGCAGGGUGUGUUUGAGACUCUGGGUCUCUUCUUGAUAGCAGCUCCAGAAAUGAGGACCAGGCUCGACGAAAUCCAAGCCAUGCUGGCCAUCACCUCUUUGGAUCGAUUCCCCGACGAUGCCGGGGAUCGGUACGUCCUCAUCAUUAAGCCGGAAGGCCGUAUUUCAUGGAUUGGUGAGAUCGUGACUGUGCCUGUGCAGGUCAAGGAUCAGGAUAUUGAGAUGCAAACCGGGCACGCUCGGCUAUGCGCCACGAGAAGCGAGGCCAUUGCUAAUACGCGGAGAGCUUUCCUUGAGGCCAUUGACAUGCACCUUGACCUUGCAGUGGAAUCGCGGUCCAAUAUACACAAGGUUAACGCGAGGCUGAGUGAGAUUCGCAACAUGGCCUUCAAGCUCUCCAAUGCCUUCAUGGAGAGCGUCGAAACCAUCAGGGAGCAGACGAAAGGCAAGGAUUGCCAGGAGCUCAUUCAAACGUGCUUCAUAUCUGCCACUGAAUUCGGCCAGCGCUCGCUGCCGUACAUGGACGCCAAUCGCCGGCAGAUGAACAACAUCCAACUGACGAAGCUGGCGCUCGACUGGGUCAGCUUCAUCUGCGAUGACUGCGUGGCGUCAGAUCGAAGGACAUUCCGGUGGGCAGUGCUUGCUCUGGAGUUUGCCAUGGGCAUGACUCGCGGACGCCACAUCUUAGCCCUAGGCCAGGAGGAGUACGAGAGGGUACGUUCCAAGGUUGGCGGGUGUAUGUCCGUCCUGAUCUCGCACUUUGACAUUAUGGGGGCGAGAUCCAGCCUGGCUGCCCAGGCGGAGAAGGAAAGAAUCGAAAAUCUUAUGAGUCAGUUUAGGAAGGACAAGAACAAGAUGCUGGACGAUGAAGAGGCCACGCUGGGUGUUACUGAGCAGCGGCUAGAGAAGCUCCUUCGCGUGGACGAGUUUCGGCAAGACAAGGAGGCUGAGCGACGGGCACUGGGUCGCGUGCUGGAGACGAACAACGAGGCCGACCGGUCGCUGGCCUAUCUAUCGGCGUCGGCAACGAACGUCACGGUACGAUGGCAGCAGGGCCAGUUUGUGGGUGGAGGUACAUUUGGCAAUGUCUACGCCGCGAUGAACUUGGACACGGGCCAUUUGAUGGCGGUCAAGGAGAUUCGACUCCAGGACCCCAAGUUGAUUCCGACGAUCGCCGAGUCGAUUCGUGAGGAGAUGCGCGUGCUGGAAGUCCUGGACCACCCCAACGUUGUGUCAUAUCACGGCAUCGAGGUGCACCGAGACCGCGUCUACAUCUUUAUGGAGUUUUGCUCUGGAGGGUCCCUCGCCAACCUGCUAGAACACGGCCGUAUUGAAGAGGAAGAGGUCAUUAUGGUGUAUGCGCUGCAGCUGCUGGAGGGUCUCGCCUAUCUGCAUGAGAGUGGAAUUGCUCAUCGAGAUAUUAAGCCUGAGAACAUCCUUCUCGAUCACAAUGGCAUUAUCAAGUAUGUGGAUUUUGGCGCCGCCAAGCUGAUUGCUCGUCAGGGUCGGACAAUGGCCGCCGACCUACACGCGUCAAAGCCAAACAAGUCCAUGACCGGAACUCCUAUGUACAUGUCGCCAGAGGUAAUCAAGGGCGAUAACCCCGGCAAGGCUGGGUCGGUGGACAUUUGGUCCCUAGGAUGUGUGAUUCUCGAAAUGGCGACAGGACGACGGCCGUGGGCCAAUCUGGACAACGAAUGGGCCAUCAUGUACAACAUUGCCCAGGGUAACCCGCCACAGCUCCCGUCGCCGGAGCAGCUCAGCCCUCAGGGCAUCGAUUUUCUCACCAAGUGCUUUACCAGGGACCCUCAACAGAGAGCGACGGCAAUAGAACUGCUGCAGCAUGAGUGGAUAAUGACCAUCAGAAACCAGGUAGUUGAGCCGGCGACACCCAGCGAUGCUAGCGGAUCGUCACUGUCGCCGUUUGUGUCGGCCACCUCGACCAGGACCAGUAUUGGGGUAGACGGAUUUUACUAA